AUGGCUUCUACUGAGCUGUCUAAACAAGAUCGGGAAACGAAACCUCAGAUUAAAAUCGGACACUAUAUAUUACAGCAAACACUUGGGGUUGGUACGUUUGGGAAAGUUAAAGUUGGCAUUCAUGAGGCCACUAGUUACAAAGUUGCUGUAAAAAUCUUAAAUCGCCAGAAAAUUAAAUCUUUGGAUGUUGUCGGUAAAAUCAGACGAGAAAUACAAAACCUCUCCCUGUUUCGACAUCCCCACAUUAUACGCUUAUACCAAGUUAUCAGUACGCCAACGGAUAUUUUCAUGAUCAUGGAGUACGUAUCUGGUGGUGAGCUGUUUGACUACAUCGUCAAUCAUGGGAGGUUAAAGACAGCGGAAGCCCGGAGAUUCUUCCAGCAGAUCAUCUCGGGUGUUGAUUACUGUCACCGACAUAUGGUUGUUCAUAGGGAUUUGAAGCCUGAAAAUUUAUUACUUGAUGAUAAGAAUAAUGUUAAGAUAGCAGAUUUUGGGUUAUCUAAUAUAAUGACAGAUGGUGAUUUUUUACGUACCAGUUGUGGUAGUCCUAAUUAUGCAGCACCAGAAGUGAUUUCUGGCAAGCUUUAUGCCGGACCUGAAGUUGAUGUUUGGUCUUGUGGCGUAAUUUUAUAUGCCCUUUUAUGUGGUACACUGCCUUUUGAUGAUGAACAUGUUCCAACUUUAUUCAGGAAAAUUAAAUCUGGCAUAUUUCCCAUUCCGGAUUAUCUUGAGAAAUCGUUGGUUAAUUUGUUACUUCAUAUGCUUCAAGUUGACCCAAUGAAAAGGGCAACCAUCAAAGACGUAAUUCAGCACGAAUGGUUCCAAAAAAACUUACCUGCUUAUUUAUUUCCGCCUAUCAAUGAAAGUGAAGCAUCAAUUGUCGACAUCGAGGCUGUCAAAGAAGUCACCCGGAGAUAUGGAGUAAUGGAAGAAGACGUGACGCACGCUUUAUUAGGUGAUGAUCCCCAUCACCAUUUGAGUAUCGCGUAUAAUCUUAUUGUUGACAACAAGCGAAUUGCGGAUGAAAUUGGAGUGGCUGCUGAUUAUCAGUUAUCGGUUUCGGCAGUUUCAAAUACUUCACUGUCAUCCGAUGAACUACAUAACAUUGGACAGGUUUCUGAAGAGACAUCUGUUUUCAAUGUGGACCGCCACUGCAAAAUUUUGGAUGGCAGUAGUGGUUCAGGUGGUUCGAUGGUUGCUGCACUGCCAUUGGACACAGUAGCUGUGCGUUUAAGACCUUCAUCUCUUCAAAGGGCUUGUCCGCACCGUGUAACUAUACCAGCUGGAUCAUAUUGUCAUCCGGAUUGUGAUAAAUGCCCUAGUUGGGGGGCAAAAGAGUGCAUUUUUAGUCGUCGACAAACUAGUCUUGCCUAUUGCGAUCUUUGCCCAGAGUAUGGCAAACCUGGUUGCAUCUUUGGCACACCUGUGAAGGAGAAGAAUUUCAACCCUCAGAUCAAAGCAAACUCUGCGAAGCUUUCUAUUGAAGAGUUUUAUCAAGUUUCCCCCGCUGGAAAACCGCAGGGAGGUGGUGACUUCACGCACAGACAUCCUGAGAGAAUCACAGCAACUAACAAGAUCACACCAAAUUUGGAGACUGUCGGGACUAAUGCUGGUGGUUCACAGCAAAACACUUCUGCGCUUGCUGGUCAGCCAAAUGUUACCACAACGCCGUUGGGCCAGAAAUCGCCACAUGUGAAACGCGCAAAAUGGCAUUUGGGAAUUCGCAGUCAGAGUCGUCCUGGUUCACAUUUUAAUCUUAUUGGCUCUGUUAAUGAACGAGAGGAUAUAAUGUACGAAGUUUUUCGUGCCAUGAAAACAUUAGAUUUUGAGUGGAAGGUUCUAAAUCCUUAUCACGUAAUUGUUCGCAGAAGACCAGGAAACUCGAAUAAUGAUCCGCCAAAAAUGAGCCUACAGUUAUAUCAGGUUGAUUCCAAGAGUUACUUGCUUGAUUUUAAGAGUCUUGUUGACGAAGAUUUGGGAAGUAGUACAUCGUCAUCGAGACAUGCAUCAGUUUCGAUGCCUGUGGAUCAAACACCGCCUCCUUCGCCAACUUCUUCUAAACAGUCACAAACUAUGCAGUUUUUCGAAAUGUGUGCUUCAUUGAUUGGAACUCUGGCACGUUAA